UGUCAGCUCACACUGGACCCCAACACAGCGCACAGACACCUCUGUCUGUCUGAGGGGAACAGGAGGGUGACCUGGAGCAGGGAGCCCCAGCAGUACCCCGAUCACCCCGAGAGAUUCGACCACUGGCAGCAGGUGCUGUGCAGAGAGGGGCUGUCCGGGACUCGCUGUUACUGGGAGGUGGAGUGGAGUGGGGGGUGUGUGGCUAUCGGAGUCAUGUACAGGGGAAUCAGCAGGAAGGGACGGAAUGUUCCCAGCCAUCUCGGACACAACGACCAGUCCUGGAGUCUGUGCUGCUCCGGGUCCAGCUGCUCCUUCUGGCACAACAAGGAGAAAACUGCAGUAGCUGCCCCUCCCUCCUCCAGGAUAGGGGUGUGUGUGGAUCACAGGGCUGGGACUCUGUCGUUUUAUAGCGUCUCCACGGCCCUGAGCUUUUAUCAACGACUGUGGUCCCUGUACAGCGCCCCUGAAACCAUGUCCCUCCUCCACAGAGUCCAGACCACGUUCUCGGAGCCCCUGUAUGCUGGCUUCAUGGUGGGGUCAGACUGUUCCCUCUCCCUGCCACAGCUGGGGUAGAGGUGGGCGCCUCUGUCGUGUGCGAACACCAGGCCGCUGAGCUCUCCGGACUCCGGAACCAGGGGACACGACAGCUCUUUCCUUCACAGGCAGCUCGCGGCCCGACGUUGUCUUCCGUUGAAACCAAUGGAAUUAUUUUCGUCCUUUUUGACCACUUCAGAAAGCAUUUCUUUGGCCGUGAAACCAGUCUGCAAAGGUUUUAUUGUUAAUAAUGACCCUGGUGCUAGUGGGAGAGGGAUCUGACUGGUUCGGCAGAGCUCAGUCCAGUCUAGUCCAGUCCAGUUGGACCUGGAGAUCUGACUGGGUCAGCAGAGCCCAGUCCAGUCGAGUCCAGUCCAGUCCAGAGAGUGUGCAGGAGGGACACCGCUGAACCUGGAGAUCUGACUGGGUCAGCAGAGCUCAUAGUAGACACAGACUGCUAAGACCUGUCUGAACCAAGCUGAGCUACUUCAGGAGCUCCAGUGGAAAGUAGUUUAUGUGCUAAACUGGAGGGAACUUAAAGACCAAAUAUAAAUACAUUCAAAUAAAUGCAGAUACUUUCCUUUAA